AUGAUUAAAUAUGUAUCAGUUUUAUUGUUAAUUAUCAAAGUAACUUCAGCUUCAACUCUAUGUACUAAUAUAACUCAAAGUGUGUCACAUGUUGCUUUUGGUAAUUAUUUAUCCUUCUCUGCCAGUUUAUUUCUUUCUUGCUUUUCAAAACCUUCAGCUGAAGAUAAAACCUUCUUUGCUAAAGUCAAUAGGAUAUAUAAGUUUUACCUAUAUUGUAAUGAAGGUUAUUUAUCAUCAGUUUUGUUAUUCUUAAGUGGAUUCAUUUUAAAUAAUGCUAUUCAUAUGGCAUAUGAAUGGGUAUUUCCAAGUGAUAUUUGGAAAAUAGUUAAUAUCAAAACAGAAGGCAAAAAAGAAGAAGAAGAUACUAUUAAUACCACUAAUGCUGAAUAA